AUGACUGAAGCGAUGAUUGUUGAUCAACAAAAUGUACCGAAUCUAGAACAUUCUAAUGGAAUUCAAACAACAAAUGGUGUUGAAAAGAAAAAAUAUUCGAAAGAAAAUAUUCCACGUUUACCACGUGAACUUACACCAUUUGCAACAUUUACAAUUCCAAUGGAACUUGAUCAACGUGGUCCAUUAUUUAAAGGACCAGGUGCUAAACGUGAUACAGGACGUUAUAAAGUUCGAUCAGCCGAUGAUGAUAAUGUCAAACGUGCAAAAAAAUUUGCUAUGGAACAAAGUGUUAAAUAUGUUCUUGUUCGACAACAACAAUAUCAACAACGUACACAAUUAGAUAUUCUGAAAAAACAACAAGCACUUUUAUUAAUGUGUCGAAUUUAUAUUGGAAGUAUUAAUUUUGAAUUAAAUGAAGCAAUGCUUAAAACAGCAUUUGCACCGUUCGGUCCAGUGAAAGCGGUUUCAUUAACAUUUGAUCCAGUUACUAAUCGUCAUAAAGGUUUUGCUUUUCUUGAAUAUGAAAUACCUGAAGCAGCACAAUUAUCAAUUGAACAAAUGAAUGGAGUUAUUCUUGGCGGACGAAAUAUUAAAGUUGGUCGACCAUCGAAUAUGCCACAAGCACAACCAAUUAUUGAUCAAUUAACUGAAGAAGCAAAAAAUUAUAAUCGAAUUUAUAUUGCUUCAAUUCAUCAAGAUUUAACUGAAACCGAUAUUCAAAGUGUUUUUGAAGCUUUCGGUAAAAUAAUCAGUUGUGCUUUAUCAAAAGAUGCAGGAGCAACUAAACAUAAAGGUUAUGGUUUUAUUGAAUACGAUACAGUUCAAGCAGCUCAAGAUGCAAUUAGUGCAAUGAAUUUAUUUGAUCUUGGUGGACAACAUCUUCGAGUAGGAAAAGCAAUAACACCACCUGAAGGUUUAUUUGCAUCAGCACAACCUAUUGCAAGUCCUAUGCCAACAGCUACGGCAUUAGCUGUUGCCACUAUAACAGCUCAAUUACAAGCGAACGAUGUUGAAAAUAAUCCACAAUCAACUGUGGCUACUUCUCAAAUGAGCAAUAAUCCAUUAACACAAGUUGGUUUUGCCACUGGUCCUCUAGCACCAACAACUGUAGCUGCUGCUCUUUCAGCUGCUUCUUAUUCUGGUGCAACUGCUGUUACAUCAGUCAUUUCUAAUAUACUCAAUCCAACUGCAGCUGUAACAAAUCCUAUCCCUCAAGCUCCAACUGUUAGUUCACCUGGAAUUCGUUCAAACGUAAGUUUUGUUACACCAGCUGCAGUAAAUCUUCCCACUCCACCACCACCAACACAACAAACACCUAUUCCACCUCCACAAGUUAUCAUUCCACCACCUCCACCUCCACCUACCCUACUUGAAGAACCACCAAUUCCAAUUGGAUUAAAAGCAGCUUUAGAACAAUCACCACACCAGCAACAAUAUCCAUCAAUUUCACUUGUUUUACCAACAAAUAAAUCUGAAUCAAUUAAUGAUGAAAAACCUACUGCAAGUUUAAUUAAUGUUGAUGAUCCUUCGGCGACUUUAUCUCAACAAGAAGAACUCAGUGUUAAAGGACGUGAACAAAGACAUCUAUUAAUGCAAAAAUUAAAUCAACGUCGACUUGAUUCACGUGUAUGUGUUUUAAAAAAUAUGGUUGGUCCAGAAGAUGUUGAUGAAGAUUUACAACAGGAUGUAAAAGAGGAAUGUUCAAAAUAUGGUGAAGUUGUUGACGUUGUUAUUUAUAAGGAACAACAAGGAGAAGAUGAUAAUGCAGAACAACUUGUGAAAAUUUUUGUAGAAUUUCGAACGAGUAAACAAGUAGAAAAAACGGUUGAAUCAUUAAAUGGUCGAUAUUUUGGUGGUCGAGUGAUUAAAGCUGAAUUAUAUGACCAAGCAGCUUACGAAGCUGAUGAUCUUUCUGAUAAAAGAAAUAAUAUAAUGAGAUUAUCUCCAGUAGCUCGUUUUCUUUCAUCCAAUGGAUUUUAUGUUCAUAUUAAAAAUAAAACGCCUAAUUGGCAACCAUUAUUAAGUCAAGGGGAAAAAAUUAUUGGUUAUCCGUCUUCAUUAAAUUCAUUAGUUAAUCUGAAAUAUUUAUUUAAUGAAGAAGUUUCGACAUUAAUUGGUUAUUUAAGAAAAUUAGUUGGUACACAACAUCCAUUACUUAAACUUGGUACUAAUAUGUUAGAAAGUCCACCAAAAACAGCACAUUCACGAUCUGUUUUACUUCUAUUAAUAUCAAAAGCAGCAGGAAUUCCUCAACGAAAUUAUCAAGAAGAUAUGAUUAAACAUGGAAUUCAUGAACAUCAACGACAAUUAGCGGAAUUAAUUGAAAUGAUUCAUCUGGGCAUUCUUGGUCAUCGAGGUAUUGUUGAUUUAAAAGAAAAUCAAUAUGAUUUAGAACAAGGAAAUAAAAUAGCAGUAUUAGGUGGUGAUUAUCUUUUAUCACAAGCUUGUGGUAAAUUAGCUGAAUUUGGAAAACCUCAAGUUGUAGAAACUAUUGGUAAUGCAAUCGCUGAUAUGUGUAAAGCAGAUUUUUAUUUAAAAGAUAAACAAUCACUUUCAUCAUUAACGGAAUGGUAUCAAUUAACUGCAUUGUCCGUAGCGAAUUUGGUUGCAUCAGGUUGUCGUGCUUCUCUACAAUUAGUUGAUCAUCCAUCAUCAUUUCAAGAUCAAGCAUAUUAUCUAUGUCGUCAUAUUAUAUUUUCAUGUAUAAUGUACAAUGAAAUAUCUCAAUAUUCAUCUUCAAUCUCAAAUGAUUCAUCUACUUUAGCAUUAUACGGAAAUGUACCUAUAGAUCGUUCAUUUCCCUAUUCAAUUUCGACUAGAUCAACAAAUGAUAAAGUCACUGUUGAAGAAUUAAAUGAUGAAAAAUUACUAGAUAAAUGUCGUGAACAGUGUUUAAGAGAAAGUAAUAAAGCAUUAGAAUUACUUCAAACAAAUUUUGAUCAAAAAUCUUCAGCAACUGCUCUCUUACGUUCAAUUAUUAAAUAUAUUCAAGAUGGCCUCUCCUCAAAAACAGUUAUUUAA